UAGAUAAAAUUUGAAAAAAAAAAAAAAAGGAAAGAAAAACUUGGAAAAACAAAAGGCACCGUAGGAGGCAAAAGGCAUCGAUUGGAAAACGUGGAAAGAUCCUCCAGAUGAAAUUUCGCAAAUUGUCCACGUCCAGUCCGAAAAUGGAAUUGCUCUCGAGGCGGUCGUCGAGCGACAGGAUGUCGACCUUGAAACGGUCGAGGUCCUUUCGAGCAUCGAUGAAGCUGAUGUCGAAGCUACGCAGCCGGGCGAGCAUGCGUUUAAACGGUGGUUUCGAUUUGUCUCCGGCCAAUUUGCAACAUUCGAAAAGGAAACGGGAGAAAUUGAGCCUGGUGGAGGAAGUAUCGUCCCCCGUCAACAACAACAACAACAACAACAACACAGCCGAUCCUUCCGCCGAGAAUCGUCGUUCGAGGACCGACAACGAGACUCUUCUUCCCCGGAACGACCGCCUCCCGUCGACCGAGUUCGAGUCCCGAAAGAUCGCCAAGGAGCUGAGCAAACUGUGCCUCGCAGACCUGAUGACGGAGAAAAAUCGCAAGUGUCGAGGGAAUAGAAAGAGCAGCGACGAGAUCUCGCCUGAUAAAGCGAUGACGACGCGUCAUAUAUUUCGUUGGAGGAGGAGCAACGAGGGGGAGGGGGAGAGCGAGGAGAAAAAGCGUCCUCCUUUUCCCGCCACCGGUGGCCACGCGUCCUACGAGAACCCGACUUUUCGCCUGGACACCUCCCUCGACUCGUCCGUGUCCGCUUUCCUCUUCGAAUCCGAGAAUUCGGAUCACGUUGCGAGCGAGGCCGACGAGUGCAAGGACGACGACGCGGACGGGCGACACGAGCGUUGGCCGGUGGUCGCGAAUUCGAAGAACAUUCCGUUCGAAGAAUUGAAAGACAGGGGGCGAGGAUCGGAGGGGGGGCUCGGCGACGACGAUUACCGGCGAACGAACGAAUUCGAGCGCGAUGGUAAGAGCGAUCGGUGCUCGUUCACCGUCACGAAGGCGAGAAGUUUGUCGGUGAACGACGUGGCGCCGCGUGACCGCGAGGAGGUCGCGAGCAGCUUGGUGUUGGACGACUUGGUGGCCGAGAGGGGGUGUCUCGACGACGGGGACGCGUCGAAGGGGCGUCCCAAGUCGUCCGAGAAAAUUAGGAAAACUUCGGUUUGCUCGUCCAAGUCGUGCAGGAUCAGGACGGUGGACAAUAUCGCCAACUUUUGGACGAACGCACGGGGCGGCAGCUUUCGUAGCAAGGUCUCGGUUGGGAGGAAGAAGUCGAUCAAAGAAUCGAGGGAGCACGAUUCCCUGGGUCAGGAUAGGGUACUCGUUACGACCACCUCUGGAUCAAAGCUGUACUCUUUGCAAGGGAUGGAGUUCCUGGAGGGUUUCGGGAAGAAAAAACAGCAGCCUAAUCAACAAUCGAACAAUAUAUCGUCGGUGCACAUCAAUCCCCUUACGGCACAGUCUCUCAACAUACACCUGCAUGCUCUUUUCGCCGCUGUGGAGCAUGGACACCUGGACAAAGCCAGAACGAUUUUAGAGUCGACGGACGUAGACGUGAACAGCGUGAACAGCGACGGCCUGUCACCCCUGGAUGUUGCGGUGCUCAGCAACAAUAGGCCGCUUGCAAAAAUGCUGGUCGCGUUCGGUGCACAAGAGGGUAACCAGUUCAAAUCUCCGGAGUCCCUGGGCAGUCAUUUGGCUUCGUUGCUGUUGGAGGCGGAACACAGAGUUCAAGAACUCGGCGGGAGUACUUCCGGUAGCGGCGGCACUACCCUUCUCGAACCACCGACCAGUCAUAGAUCAAGCUUCUCGUCGCAGCACAACAAUCUCACGGGAUGCGGUGGUAGCGCGGAGGACAAGCAACUCGCGUUGUGGGAGAGAAGAGCUAGAGCCCUUAGAAAAAUGUUGCUCGGAUUCGAUCAAGCGAGACCACCGGACAUGCCCUUCUUGGUGGCUGUGGACGUGACGGGAACAAAUUCGGUGACCGUGAGAUUCCAGGAGCCAGAUUCCCACGAUUCUCCUAUCUGCACGAAAUUCAAGGUCCAAUGGAGUAUCAAAGAGGACUUCUCGGUGAUCUGCGGGGAAAGGGAGGUUCUGGAUAUGAAGCAGAGGGAAUGCAGGAUCGACGAUCUGAUUCAAGGGCAGAAGUAUUAUUUUCGAGCGGCUGCCGGCAAUUUAAAGGGUUACAGCAGGUUCAGGAAUUCGACUCCUGCCCACGUUACGCCCAGUAGUUGGAGGGACAUCGACGGCCGAGUGCCGAGGUUUGCUGGCCGAUUGGAACAAUUGAAUACUUUAUUCACGGACAUAAGACGGCCAGAGUACACCCAAGAGACGCCGGCCGUGCAGAGGCGUAAUCACAAGAAAAAAACAACGAUAAAGCAGCUCUUCACGGCGACGAGCAAGUUCCAGAAGAACUUGAGGCGCGGUGUCUUCCUCGCUUGCUUGCUCUACCACGAGGAUAAAGUGUUGGUGACAAACGAGGAUUUCUUGCCUGUGAUCGAAGUCGACGAGACUUAUCCUAGCUGUAUUUACAACGAUUUCCAUUGGCUUAUGAAAGUUGGUUGUACGUGGGACGAUGUUAAGAUUCUUCGUCAAGAUAUGGAGAAAAGUCACAGCAGCUCGACCAAUCAUUUCAGGAUAAAACUCUUACAAGCUGCUGCGCAAAUGCAGGCAGCACUAUGUAUACAGGAUCUUGGUCAAUUGUAUCAUAAACCUAUCAGAGAUGUUCAAGGGACUUUGGUUUUCUCUACAGUGAACUACGUAAAAUCGCCAAAAUUGAUAUCGGUGUUGAACAGCAGAUGGUUGCCGCUCAGCAAAGUCACGAAGAAAGUGAUUAUUCACGAAGACAGUAACGUAGCGGAUAUUUUAAUAGCCAGUAUACAGGAGCAGAUGACUUAUCAUCAAGUUAGCAGUAUCAAAUUAUCUAAAGGACUUUAUCUUGGUUAUUUGAAGAUGCAGAGUAGCGUCGAUCUUAUUCAAGUUGUUGUACCCGCGAAAUCACCCAACGUUUUGCCUCAUUGCAAGAUCCGUGACAAUCCACACGUUUCUGCCGAAGAAUGGGAUUAUUUGAAAAGGAUAACGCGCAUUCACGCAUCAGACGCAUCGGUUAAAGAUUGCGAAGAAAAAGAAAACGUAACAAACGAGUGCCAAGGUACGGAACAGCAAAAAUUGUUUGUCGAUCUGGUCGCUGCUACGGCAAGACGUUUGUUCAAUUACAUGGAAAUUAGCCCCGAAGAUUCCUUGCUCCAUCGACUCUACGACGCUGAAGUUAUCGAUCUGACUCACGAUGUAUCCUUUCUGAUCGCUGUGCCUCCUGCAGAAACCGCUUGUUGCGUGCCUGGAACCAGGGAAAUCCUUCUACAACGUGGCGAUCUUCUGUCCUUGCCUAUUCAAGUAUUCGAAAUGGUCCAUCUGAAUACUUAUCAGAAGGAUGUGAUCAACAGAUACUCAAGAUUAAGUUGCAUUCUGGAACUCGACACAGCGCAAGCACAAUACAACCACAGAGAAGCUUUUAGCUCUCUGGAGUUAAGCGUGGCGAAGGAUAAAUUGGCCAGGCUGCAGGAUCUUCAGACUCAAGUGAACACCGUGUGGAAAGGAGCUAGGUGGCUCAUAGAUGUGAUCACGUUCGCUAGAGAUCGAGGCUUUUCGCAGCAGAGCGGCUCGUCACAAGUUGGGAUUUCGAUGAAGCAUUUGCUGAGCCUCGACAGAAACAAAAGCAACAAUAACAGCAACAGUCUGAAGAGGAGUUUGCUCCAAUUACCGCCACGCGAUCCGAAGUUGGUUAAAUCUAGUCCAGGUCGAGGCAGUUGGCCAGGGCCUAACAUGUCCAAUUCUUCCUCGAAUCUACUCACCACCGAAUUCAGUAAAAGCGAACAACAAUUGCCCAGUGGCCAGUACAUUCGAAAAGGCAGCAACACUUCGAACGUGUCGACCGGCUCGGAACCCCCAAAGUCCUCCCUACCCAUGAGUAGCGCCAGCAAUCUUAGCAACGCAACCAGCGCUGGCAGCAACAACCAUCUGGUACCGUUGCAGAACACCAGGUUACCGCCCUCCAAAUCCGAGGACACUUUGAUCCUAACGAAAUACAAACACAGUCCUAGAAAUAGAUCGGCUACGAUCACAUCCGCCUCGGCCAGCACCAGUCCUUUACUCAGCAUAAAGCCCAUCAUCUACGGUGGCUCGCUCUUAAGCGUGUCAACAGCAAUGACGAAUACGACAAGUCUGUUGAGCGUCAGCAACAACACCAAUUCCGAUAGUUUGCAUUCGCUCAGUAGCGAUGAAUAUUCCACGCCUAACUCGAGUGUCUGCAUCAAGAGUGGACACGCGAAGAGCAAAUCGACCAAACCCACCGCUACUGUCGCGGCCACGGCGACUACUGGUUCGUUGGAGAGCCAAUUGGAGGAGGAGAAGGACGAGGCGACGAUGAUGCCGGCUCCUCUGCCAGGCAUUCUUCAGGUUUACGCGGCCUACGAAACCGGUCUGGCUUCCGGAACCAGCCUCAAAUUACACGUUACCCCGAGGACCACAGCCAGGGAAGUUGUGAAUCUAGUUGUGAAGCAGUUGAAUAUGGCGGUAGUUUUAAAAGGCCAAGAAGGCCCUGUUUACACGGCUGACGAGCUGCCAAAUUUUUGUUUGGUGGCUGUGAUUGGUGCUAGAGAGCGUUGCCUGAGGGAUGAUUUCAAACUGCUGCAACUUCAGAACCCCUGGAAAAAGGGUAGAUUGUACGUGAGGCAGAAACAAGACGUCCUUGCAGCCCUUGAGCACAGCAGCAAGCAUACCGCGUAUUUAUAGCAUAAGUAACGAAGAGAAAGAAAGAAAGAAACAAAAUGUGAUCGCGCGGUUGACGAUAUCCAUUAAUGUAAGGAACUGCUGCGUUUCAUUAAUAAUUGGCGAUCAAAAGCCAAAGAUCACUUAGUAUGAUGCAUUCUGUGUCUCGUAAGAUUUAAGAUUUUAGUUAAAUAAAUAUCUUUUUCUUUUAUAUUUCUUUCCUCUUUUUCGUUCAUUUUUAACACAGGAUAUAUAAAGAAUGUAAAGAUCUCCCAAUCGGUUAACGAGACACAGGAUACAUCGAGAUGUACAUAAAACAAACGCUUGGCUACAAGAAAAAAUUUUCAGUUGUAUCUUUCGAGGCUCUAAUUAAAUUACACGUAAUUAGAUAGGGAAAUGAAAGAGAGGAAAGACGAUCGUCUUAAAGGGCGAGAAUUAAAAAUUACGCGAAUCCAGAGUACAUUCCAACAAAGUUUCGAUCCGACGUAAUGUAAUUUCACGCUGAUGGAUUAGAAUAGCGUUGCAAGAAAAUGGAUAAUACUCAAGGUAUAUCGUAUCGUUAUAUUUUAGAUAUCGAUCUCAGUGUUUUGCUCGAUAUAUUAUCGUUUUGCACGCGUCUCCUAUUAUAAAUUCGUCAGAUGCUUAAGAGAUCUCAUUGUUAUCCCAACAAUUCGACGUGUCCGGGUGAUGCGCAACGUUCUUCUUAUUUUUGUAUCACAAAUUAUCUUUGUUCUUUCGUAAAAAUUGCUAAUUGUUCCGAUAAAAUAUAAUCUUGGACACGUCGAACGAAACUGAGAGCACAAAUUUGCGAAGAACAGACAAGAUUUUAUAUUUUGUAUUUUUAAAUCUAAUCAUAUCCGAGAAUUUAUUUCAACGAGUAAAUUCUACUUGUCUAAGCCUUUUAUUCGAGAGAUACGAUUUCUUCUCAUCGAUCUUUUCUUCCGCGUUCUAUUUUCAUUAUUUCGAUCCAUGAAAAGAUUUUCCUUCGUUUAUUUUCUUCUUUUCUCUGGUUUGCAAACAAUGGGAACAAUGAAGGCGUCCUGAAUAUUAUAAUUGAAAAUCGCUAAAAUUUAUUAUUAAUAUGGCGACGACUGGGACAGGAUUUACAAUUAAUUAUUAAUAAUAUUAAAACAUAGACGAAACGUGAUUCGUAUAAAAGAGGCUUAUAGACUGUUGCGUAGAAAUAAAAGAAAAAGUAUUAUUACGAUUACUAAGAUUUUUAUUCCCGCCGAGAUUGCGAACAGCAUUGUCAAACGAAUGUAUUUCUUAUUCUUUAUUCUUGAAUUCACGUAUUACGUAUUACUACAUUGAUUAUUUGUUCGCGCAAUAUGCGAUGUUUCCUGUCUUGUUUCUAGACUUUUUCUUUCUUUCGUCGAACGAGCAUUGUACGCGUAUUUCUUUAUUAUUAUUUACUUCUUUGUCAGAGAGGAAAAGCGUGACGAGGUCGAUUUUGAGUUAUCGAUCUUGUCGAUGAUCUUGUUAAAACUCCAGACACUCGUGGACUUCCUAUUAAGCGACCUAGACAACGCGUGAAUACGAAUACGAUGCAGAGCAGAUUGUAAAAAUAUACCCUAAUCGCAUGAUAUCACUGUUCGAUAUUUGUCAUAGCAUGCAAUAUUUCAAGAUCCUAGGGCAAAGAUGAUACAAAGAUUUUUUCAUUUACACGAGUAAUCGAAGGUCGAAGACGUAUUCCACAAAUGUGCGAGACUUGUUAGGAUUAUUUUCUUUGAAUUUUUCUUCUUUAUAUUCGAGGACUAGUGUAAGAAGAGUUUGCAUCGCUAUUGGAUCCGUCCUUUAUAUAAACGAAACAUCAAAAUUGGAUUCCCCUCGCUUGAAUACAAUUGAACAAUGGUAUCAUGGAUCGAGGGGCCAUCUAAGUUUAAACGAGAAUAUACAAUGCAGAUAUUUUUUUAUCGAGAAAAUAAAAAAAAAAAAAGAGAGGUAGGAAGGGAGGAGGAAAUGAAAAAGAUUUAUACUUAUAUUUUGCCAGAGCGCGUACUCGUUAGAGAUUUAAUCGAGGAACCGCGAUUCGCACGGAAAUACGGAGAAAUCUGUCUGCGCGUCGAGCAGAAAUAUAGCUAAGCAGAGAUGAAGAUGUGUGCAAUGAGUGGCAAAAA